AUGCCUUCUUCUUUAUUGAGUGAUGCUAUGGAUGAAGAUCCUGAGUUGAAGAGAAAUGCUCUCCAUGAUUUCCUGACAAACAAAAGAUACUUGAUUGUGUUGGACGAUCUUUGGAAUUCUAAUUCUCGAAAUGAUUUCAUCAAGGCCCUUCCUGAUGAUCAUAAUGGAAGUAGAGUACUCAUAACAUCCAAAGAUUCUAACGUUGGUACAAGCUGGGACGCCUGUCAUCUUGAUAUAGGGCAACUAUCUGAAGAAGACAGUCAGGAGAUGUUACUUGAUAGGGUUUUUAUCAAAGAGGGCAGUCGGCUUGAGUUCGAGCCUGCCAUAAAUUCACUGAGAAAUUUUUGUCGAGGGUGGCGUUUAGACAUCUUAUGCAUUCCAGGCUUUGAGAUAUUCACAUGGCACUUGUAUCAGCUUUGGAUUGCUGAAGGUUUCAUUCAUGAUAACAGUGAGGCAACAGCUGAGGAGUACUUGAAAGAGCUGACAGCCGUGGGCUUUGUUCAAGUAGAAAAGAGAACAUCUGGAGGUAGAAUUAAAACAUACAACAUUACUGGUUAUACCCGGGAUAUUCUAUUUAGCAUCAUGGUUGAGAAGCAGAUUUGUACCAUCAAAGUACUCUGCCCCAUAUCUCUCUUCUCUGUUCUGCCUUGGCUCAAAAAGCGACAAUCUGAUUCUGGCCCAGAUAAUCAAGUUUCUGAAAACUUCAAACUCAGGCUAUUAGAUUUGGGAGCUCUGGUUCUCCAACAAUAUCCCACUGGAAUAGAAACUUUGUUUCUUCUGAGGUACUUAAAGUUGAAUAUUCCUUCCCUCACCAGAAUUCUUUCAGAAUUAUGCAACAAUCUUCUCAACCUGUACACUCUGGACAUGCCAAAUGGCUCCACAGAGGAUACAACAGAUGAUAUUUGGAAGAUGCACAAACUGAGGCAUCUGAAUUUUAAGCUCAUCAAAUUGCCUGCACAUCCUGGGAAAUAUUGUAACUCUCCGGAAAAUCUCAAUUUCAUAUCAACCUUACACCCCAGUAGUUGUACUCAAGGUAUACUGAGCAGACUGUCUAAUCUUCCAAGUCUUCGAAUACAUGGAAACUUGAGUUCAUAUCAAUCUACGCUGUCCAAAAGCCUCUGUAAACCACUCAAUCUUAAAUCAUUGAAGCUGGUGAAUAAAAGUGAGAACUCAAUGAUCUCAGCAACUAAGCUGAGUGAGUAUCAGUUUCCUCCACAACUGACCCAACUGAGAAUGUCAAAUACUGAACUGAAGGAUGAUCCCGUGCCAACACUGGAGAAACUACAACAUCUUAUAAUCCUCAAGCAGAAUCACAAUUCUUAUAUUGGUAGAAAGUUGGCUUCCACCUCCGGUGGUUUCUUAAAGCUCAAGGUUUUGCAUCUGAAAUCAAUGUUGUGGCUAGAAAAGUGGACAAUGGAAACAGGAGCCAUGCCAAACCUCGAAUGUGUAGUUAUCAAUCCUUGUGCUUACUUGAGAAAGCUUCCUGAAGAUCUAUGGCACAUUAAGACUUUCAACAAAUUGGAAUUACGGUGGCCACUGUUGGAGCUAAAGCAAAGACUGAAGGAUUUUGAGGAUGUGGAGCAAUACGACUUUCAGAUUUACCCCUCUGGAAUUUGA